UCGUCCCGCCCUUGAAGUAUCGUGAGUUAAAUCGUGAAAUAUGCUCCAGUAUGUCAGAGAACAAGAACUUGAAAAUACAACAAUAUGAUGUAUGCAUUUUGUACUACGUACAUGUUUGGAGAGCCAAAUCUUCUUAAAUUUUCUCACCACCGCUGAAAUUCUUAACAAUUUCGUACGCUAAGAGUUGUUUCUGCCGCUCCUCCUCCACCUCCACCUCCACCUCCACCUCACCACCACCCUAAUUAAUGGCGUCGACUCACCCUGUGACUGAGUUAGAUUCCGGCACGGCUGACUCAGUCUCCUCCACGCCAAGGUCGGAGCAUCACCACCUACAUGACGAUUCCGCUGCCGUGCAGCAUACGCGGGUUCGUUUCAUGUGUAGCUUUGGCGGAAAAAUUCUCCCACGACCCCACGAUAACCUGCUCCGCUAUGUAGGCGGCGACACCCGAAUUGUCGCUAUCCACCGCCAUAUCACGUUCUCUUCCUUUCUCUCGAAACUCUCCAAGCUCUCCGGUACAACCAAUAUAAGCAUAAAGUACCAGCUUCCAAGUGAAGACCUGGAUUCUUUGAUCACUGUAACUACAGAUGAGGAUGUAGAGAAUAUGAUGGAUGAAUACGAUCCGCUGAGCCAGAAUCAGAAAAUGGCUCGACUCAGGCUUUUUCUCUUCUCUACGGAUGCUGAUUCGAGAGCUUCUAGCAUCAGCUCCCUCCUCGACGGCUCGGCUAAGCGGCAAAACUGGUUUUCCGAUGCUCUCAACGGCGGCUGGGGUCCGGUUCUGGAGCGUGGGAGGUCCGAAGUCUCGUCAAUUGUAUCCGAAGUUCCUGAUUAUUUAUUCGGGUUGGAUAAUUCCGACGAUGCUAUAAGAGAAUCCAAGUUAAAGAACAAGAACGACAAUGUAUCGUUUUCGGAUCCGGGCUCACCCACUCCGGUUGUUUCUUCGCCGUUCUGCUCCACGGCGUCAUCUCUAGCUCCUCCAAGCACACCUGGGAUUCCUGAUAUUCCGCCGUUGAGAACCAAACCUGUUAACCCAAACCUGGUUCCUGCUGUUGAGCACAAGUACAGUCAAGCCAUUGAGGGUGUGGCUGAGGUGGUAACUGACAAAAUGGGUCAUCCACAGACAGGAUUUUCGGGUGCUCCGAUGGGGCACUACCCGGUUCAAACCGUGCAACAUAUACCUACUCCUGCUGUGUAUUAUGUUCCGGGUCCUGUACAAACUGGAAGUAAUUUGUUUCCACCUGUUCCAAUCCAGACACGGUAUCAACAACUGCCUCUUGCUCCGGGUCAAGUACCAGUCGGGUAUCCUCAAUCUCAACCCAUACCCGGUGUCAAUCUAGUUUAUGGUGCUGGAGUGAUGCCAUAUGAAAUGACUACCCGGCUUAUGCAGGAAAGUGCAAACCAAAAAGUUUAUUUUAGGACCCGAGAUGCUGUUCCAAUACCGGGUUCUUAUCCGGGUACGGUGAUUUCAGGAAGGGAAGAAAUGCAGGGAUUCGGAAAAGAAGGUACGGCGGGUCGGGUCUCUCAUGAAUCUUGAAUAUUUGGUUAUGUAAUUUACAGAUGAUUUUUGUGCUUCCACUGAUUAUUCAAAGCCUAUAUUAUGUAUUGGAUUUGGGAAUUGUUAUAUAAAAAUUAAAAGGUAAAUGUAAACAAAGCCUCUUAAGUAUAUUGACAGCUAAAGUUAAAUUUA